AUGAGGAGAGCCUUUGAGGUGACUGUGAGAACCAUUGCAAGUGAUGGAUCAGUCAAAUUGGUCAACUACGUCGCAAAGAUACGAUUCCAAGACGGGGCACCCAACAUUUCACACUACGACAGUGAUGCACUUAUGUAUGAAGGGAGUGCACUCCUCUUGGAUGAAUUCAAGAAGAUCUUACCUGGAUGCCGAGGGCUGCGUGAGGUGUAUCUAAAGAAAGGCCAACUAAUGGAGAUUGUUUGACAUGCAGUAGUUGUCUGUGGUGAAAUUAACCUGCCUAGUGAGGUUUACUUCUUGGAAGUAGCAUUAGUGGG